AUGUCAGCGAUUCGACGUGCACGGCUUGAACGAAUGUUCGAUAUGGUCUUACGCGGCAAGCAGGAUAUUACGCCACAGAACGCAGCGUUAUUUCUGGAGGCCGCGUGCUUGCAGAAACCGCUCGAAUUUAUGGACCGCAUAACCUCUGAAACUCGAGGCUUAGAGAUCCUCCAGCAAGCUAUGUUGUCUGACCUCGAACCCGCGCGUCUCAACGGACAGGCCGCACAAGUCAUCUCUAUCUUGCAAGAUCCCGCUCUCGCCGCGGUCGCGGGAGGCAGCGUUCUUCAGCAAAUUGUGGCGAAACUAGGAUCGGUACAACUGCUUAUAUCCGCUUAUAAGCGAUCUCUCCUUUCCAGGUCACUAGACGAUAGCGGCCAGCUCGCGUUCAUCUGGCUUCUGACGCAGCUUUGCGGCUUGCCCGGGGAUGCCGGCGCGAGCCAUCGCGAGUUCGCUUCUGAUUGUGUCGAGGUCUUCCUUGAUUCUACCAAUCUAGACGUGAAGAGCCGCGCGCAGGUCCUGCAACGAGCAGCGUCGUCGACGACAGCGUCUUCCAUCCACACUGCGCACGGUCCUGGUGGGCGACACGAUAAUGACUUCGUUGGCAUUCGCGAGAUCGCUAUCCUACCCACGUCCGACGAAAUCCAGUGCAAGAAGCCCCCGUUUCUACUCCGUGCUCUCGAACUCGAGGCGAUUCCAGAGGACUCCCGCCCGGCAGCCCAUCUUGAAAACCAGUUUCGCUUAUUGCGCGAGGACAUGAAGUACGAGUUGCUCGACGAGCUCGAGAAGCUUCAGGGUCGACGCAAGGGCAAUCGAGCCUUCACGAUUGAGGGUUUGCGCUUGCACGGCGUGAAGGGAUCGGAAGGCGCCCGGGAUCGAAACAUCUCCCCAUGGGGUCUACAGCUAGAGUGUGUCGAAGAUCUGCCAUUCUUCAGGCGGGACCAACCCCAGGACCGCAAAGCGUAUCUUACGAAGGAGAAGCGCCUGCUCAAACAUCGAAGCCUCGCCUGCUUGAUUGUGGAUAACGAAAUCGUGGCGUUCCCGACCGUACAUCGCGACGAAGAGCUGCUCGCUCGAGCAUUGCCCGUAAUAGUCCUCAUCUUGGAAGGCGAGACGGCCAUCAUGCAGACGCUGCUCAAACUGCGAACGGCAGAUCCAGCGACGGUGCGGCUUCUGCAGGUCGAGACUGCGGUCUUCGCAUACGAGCCUGUCCUCAAGGCUUUACAACGGAUGUCAGCGCCUGCCCUCUCUGAGGAGCUAUUCCUUUGGGAAGAGGGCCUCCCAACCGAGGCCCCUCCUCACCUCCCAGAUCGCAUAGUCGCGUCUUUGCAGAAGGACCCACACCAGGAUCUGGCUCCUCUUCUUGGAUCACCCGACAAGAUCAUCCUUGACUCGGCUCAGAGCACUUCUUUACUAGCUGCCUUGACUCAGCGCGUAUCUCUUAUUCAGGGCCCACCAGGGACCGGAAAAAGCUUCGUCGGAUCAAUAGUAGCCAAGAUCUUGCACGACAACACCGACGUCCGCAUCGCCGUGUCUUGUUUCACGAAUCAUGCCCUCGACCAGUUCCUGGAGGAGUUGUUGGACCAUCGCAUCCCAGCGUCCAGCAUGGUCAGGCUCGGUGGCAAGUCGACGUCGCGGACUGAGUCUCUCUCCCUAUGGAAGCAGGCUCCGGUCUCCCAGCGUGUGCGCACAGACUACGUUGAAUUGGACGGAAUCCGCGCAACGAUGAACAUGCUCCAUGACCGCCUCGAAGACCAGUUCGAGCGCUACCGUAAUGGUGCUGUAUCAGGCGCUGACCUGAUGGCGUUCCUCGAGAUUGAGGCGCCGGCGUUCUUCUCCGCGUUUAAGCUUCCGGUCGACCCCGCCGAUGAUGGGAUGACGAAAGUCGCGAAGGGUGGUCGCAAGAUCACCGAGCUAUAUCUUUUUCAGCAAUGGAGUAAUGGACAGGGUCCUGGCGUGUUUGCUCGCCACCCCAACCUGGCCAGCGAAUCUUCCCGGCGUAUAUGGGCCCUGGACGCGAAGACCCGCCGCUUGCACUUGGAUCAAUGGCAGCAGAACAUGCUUCGCGAGCUGGCCGCAGAGGUGUACAAGCUCGGCCAACGCUAUAACGAGGCGGUAGCACGUCUCAAGAUCAAGCUUGACGAACGAGAUCUCGCUAUUCUGCGCAGCAAGCGCAUCAUCGCGUGCACCACUACAGGCGCAGCCAUGUACACGGACAUCUUGCAAGCUGCAGAGCCUGAUGUGCUUCUCGUUGAGGAAGCUGGCGAGAUCUUAGAGAGCCACGUUCUCACGGCUCUUGGAAAGUCGACGCAGCAUAUGAUUCUUAUCGGGGACCACCAACAACUCCGACCGAAGGUGAACAACUACGCUCUCACGCUCGAGAAGAACGAAGGCUUCGAGCUCAACGUGUCGCUCUUCGAGCGUCUGGUUCGCGCUGAAUACCCCCACACGACACUGCAAAAGCAACAUCGCAUGCGACCCGAGAUAUCGGAGAUGAUUCGUCACCUCACUUACCCCGACCUCGUCGACGCAGACAAGACGCGGGGCCGACCGAACUUGCGCGGCGCUUCGGACAACGUCAUCUUCAUUACUCACGCACACCCGGAAGACGAGAUGCGGACUCUAUCGGACACGCGCGACGGUGGUUCGAAGUCAUCCAAACGCAACACGCAUGAGGUCAACAUGGUCCUCAAGCUUGUCAAGUUCCUCGCACAGCAAGGCUAUAGCACCCAGGAUGUCGUCGUACUGACUCCCUACCUCGGACAGCUCUACCACCUUCGUGACGCGCUCAAGAAGGACACGGAUCCGUAUCUGAGUGACAUGGACAUGCAUGAUCUUGUGCGUGCAGGCCUGGUCCCUCCCGGUGCUGCCAAGCUCAACAGAAAGCCGCUUCGUCUAUCGACCAUUGACAACUACCAGGGUGAGGAGAGCGAGAUCGUCAUCAUCUCUCUCACGCGCAGUAACUCCGCUCGCGAUAUCGGUUUCAUGUUCUCACCUCAGCGCUUGAACGUCCUCCUCUCGCGCGCGAGAACUGCGUGCAUCAUCAUCGGCAACGCCGAAACCUUCAGAAGGUCACGCAACGCCGAGGGCGCGAAGCUUUGGAGCAAGUUCUUCGACUUUAUCACGGACCGCGGUCACUUCUACGAGGGGCUCCCCUUCCGAUGCGAGCGUCAUCCGGAGCGCGUCGCGCUAUUGAGCAAACCUACGGACUUUGAACAGCAAUGCCCAGACGGCGGCUGCACUGCUCCUUGCGACACUCUUCUCAGUUGCGGACAGCACAAAUGUCCUUCGCGCUGCCACAAUCUCGCUGACCAUUCCAAGGUCCCGUGCGGCGAAGUCCUGGAGACUGUGUGUCCGAAGGGACACAAGCGCAAGUACAAGUGUUAUGUCGGUCCGGCAGCGUCGUGUGGCCCUUGUGACAAGGAGGCCAAGAAGGAGGAGGAACGCGUGAAGAAGGAGUUCGAGCUUCAACUCAAACGCGAGCGCGAGCAACAGGAGUACGAGCGAGAGUUGGCGGCAAUCGCACUUGAAGUAGAGGCAGUACUGCAGAAGCAAAAGGACGAAGAUCUAGCUCAGCAACGCGCGAACGCGUUGGCGAACAAGCGCGAGGAGCUCAGUAAUGCGAAGGCUCGCAUGUUGAGACAACGACAGGCAAAGGUUUCUCCGGCUACGACCCCAGGUCCUGUGCCUGCGGCUUCGCCGUCGACUGGCCCCUCGGCGGCGCUUUCUCCGUCUUCGCCCAACGUGCCUUCCAAAUCGCCCUCCAAAGCUAGUCCCUCAACCUUCGGACCAACGCUCAAUGAGAUCUCGUCUUCCAAAGCUUCCAGUGCUCCCGCAGCAGAUGUUUCUGCGCAACAACCAUCCCCGCCAUUAUCAUCUCCACGCACAGCCCCGCCGAAUCCCGAUCCAACAGGACUCUCUUCGCCGCUACCGGAAUCGCCCUCUAAGCUCAAGUGGGAGCAGCAAAAACAGCUUGACGGCGCCUCUAACAAGCAUAUCGACGCGUUGAUGGAGAUGACGGGUUUGGAGUCUGUCAAGGCGCAGGUAUUGGCUAUUCGGGACAGAAUUGAACUGUCGCAACGUCAGGGCGCGUCUAUGGCUGAUGAGCGAUUCAAUAUCAGCUUGCUUGGCAAUCCUGGAACUGGCAAGACCACUGUCGCCCGCCUGUACGCGAAGUUUCUGACCUCUGUCGAUCUCCUCCCUGGAGAGGCUUUCGAAGAAGUGACGGGCUCACGUCUUUCGAAUGAGGGUGUUGAUGGGGCCAAGAAACGUAUCGAGAAGGUCAUGGCGCAGAACGGCGGUGCAAUCUUCGUCGACGAAGCGUACCAACUCGUGGGCGAGAAGAACUUCGGCGGUGGCGCAGUACUCGACUUCCUUCUUGCGGAGAUGGAGAAUAAUGUGGGGAAGGUCAUCUUCAUCCUGGCGGGUUAUGACAAGGAGAUGGAGGCGUUCUUUGAGCACAACGUUGGCAUCCCGAGCAGAGUUCCGCACACUCUACGCUUCGCCGACUACACCGACCACGAGCUGAUUCACAUGUUCGAGUCAUACGUCACGAAGAAGUACCAAGGUCAGAUGAAGAUUGAGGAUGGGCCGUUCGGGUUGUACGCUCGAAUCGCCAUCAAACGGUUGGCGCGCGGUCGAGGUCAGCCUGGCUUUGGCAAUGCUAGGGCCAUGCAGAACAUGUUCGCCAAAAUCGCUCAACGCCAAGCCGUGCGAAUCGAGAAGGAGCGCAAAGCCGGCAUGCGCGUAGAUGAUCUACUGUUCACGAUGGGAGAUAUGAUCGGACCUGAUCCGUCGGUCGCCGUCGCACAGAGCGCCGCCUGGACGAAGCUCAAGGAGAUGAUCGGACUCGGUAGUGUCAAGCAGUCCGUCCUUACUCUCGUCGCCACCAUAGGCCGCAACUACCAACGCGAGCUCCAGGAGCUGAAGCCUAUCCAGUACAACCUCAACCGUGUGUUUCUCGGGAACCCAGGGACAGGGAAGACUACGGUGGCAAAGCUUUAUGGUCGUAUCCUGGCGGACAUAGGCAUGCUCAGCAACGGGGAGGUCAUCGUCAAGGGCGCUUCGGAUCUGAAGGGCAAGUAUGUUGGUCAUUCGGAGUCACAGACGAAGGCCGUCCUCAAGAAUGCGAUGGGUAAGGUGCUGGUCAUUGACGAGGCCUAUCAGCUCUACAAGGGUGGCUCCAGCAAAGACGCCAACAGUCACAGCGAUACGUUUGGCACUGCUGCCAUUGAUACGAUCGUGGCCGAAGUCCAAGCAGAGCCUGGAGAGGACCGGUGUGUGAUCUUGAUCGGGUACGAGAAGCAGAUGCAGGACAUGUUCCAAAACGUAAACCCUGGCUUGUCUCGCCGCUUCCAGAUCGAGGAGGCCUUCCGUUUCGAGGACUAUGAUGAGGCGGAGCUACUUCAGAUCAUGAACUUGAAGCUGAAGCAGCAGGACCUAGACGCGACGGUCGAUGCGAAAAAGGUGGCUAUCGACGUCCUCGGGAGGGAACGGAUUAGGCCAAACUUCGGCAACGGAGGCGCCGUUGAGAAUAUCCUCGGAAAAGCCAAGGCUCAUUUCCAAGCUCGUCAAGCGAAACUCUCCCCGGCGGAACAGUCAUUUGCUGUCGUAUUCGAGCCGUCGGACUUCGACCCCGACUUCGAUCGCGUCUCUCGAUCCGCUACCAACCUCUCUAAACUCUUCGAGGAUGUCGUGGACGCUGAAGGGAUCAUGACGAAGUUCUCUCGCUACCAGAAGAUCGCCCGGGUGAUGCGUACAGCUGGCAAGGAGCCGCGCGAGGCACGUGGUAUGAUCCCUACGACGUACAUCUUCAAAGGGCCGCCAGGGACUGGCAAGACGACUACAGCAAGGAAGCUCGGGCAGGUCUACUUUGAUAUGGGGAUGCUAUCGGCUGCGGAGGUCGUCGAGUGUUCCACGACGGACAUGGUGGGGCAGUACGUCGGUCAAACUGGGCCCAAGGUUCGAUCGCUUUGUGAGAAAGCGCUGGGCAAAGUUCUGUUCGUCGACGAGGCCUACCGCUUGGCGGAUGGAAGAUUCGGACAGGAAGCCGUGGACGAACUCGUCUCAAUCCUCACCGAGGAAGAGUUUAGGGGGAAGCUCAUCGUGGUGCUCGCCGGUUACGAAGAAGAUAUGAAACGACUUCUACAAGUCAACGCUGGACUUCAAAGUCGCUUCGAGGAGGAGAUCAUCUUCCCAAACUUCUCGGCGCCGCGUUGCUUCGACAUUCUUGUUCAGCAGAUCAAGAGGGCCCAGCCCCCAGUUCGCUCGCCGGAACUCGAGCGACCCAAGUCCAACGAAGCGAAGCAGCUCAUCAGCAUAUUCCAAUCCCUGUGCCAGCUCUCGAACUGGGGUAACGCUCGUGACGUCAUCACCCUCGCCACUCGCAUGAUCCAACUCGCUAUCGACUCCGUCGAUGCCGACGCUCUUGGUAGUGGGCCACUCACCCUGCGCUGGUCGGAUGCGCUCUCGUGUGCCAGAGUCAUGCUCGCUGAGAAACGCGCUCGCCUCCCCAACGCGUCACAGCCCAGGCGCAGCUUACAGGACGACGAUCUUCCCGAGGCAUCCAUGACCCCGGAGCCUCCUGCGCCUAGCGUCGCACCUCCUCAGACUGAUAACGAAUCGAUUUCCUCCUCACCGACGCCUACUGUCGAGCAGGCAUUCGACAUACCGCCCCCGACUUCGUCAGCUACCGGCAAAUCUAGCCCUGGUAGCGCCAGUCCCACCACCGCGAGUCAUGUGCAAAGGGAAGCUGGCGUAUCCGCUGAGACGUGGCGGCAACUACAAGCUGACAAGGCCACGGCACAAGCUGAGGAGAAACGACGUCUAGAUGAGAUGGCGGCUCUUGCCAAGGCGCUCCAAGAGGCGAUGGCCCGUGAGGAGGCGGAGAAGAAGCGUGCCAUCGAGCUCGCGCAGGCUGUUCGUCGUGCAAGAGACGCUCGUGCCAAGGCUGAAGCGGAAAGACGACUGGAAGCCCAACGGCAGGCUAAGAUCGCUGCUCAGCGCGAGCGCGAGCGCGCCUGGAAAGAGCAUAUGGAGCGUAAGAAGCGGGAGGAUGAGCGCAAGAAGCGCGAAGAAGAGGCGCAGCGCAAACUCCGCCAUAUGGGACUUUGCGAGGCCGGAUUCCAAUGGAUCCAACAGGCCGGUGGAUAUCGUUGUUCUGCGGGUGGUCACUACGUAUCGAAUGCCCAGUUGGGAAUGUGA